UACUACAAUGUUUGAUUUUGAAUAUAGAUUUACAAAAUUAAAUUUAGUUAACACCGUCGAAGAAUCAAAACGGUUUUCAAAACGCUUGCUAUAGGUACAAGUUUCGAUUACAACUCGUCUUCACCCCCAAUGACGGUAUUAAGUAGAACAAAACAUCAGAGAGGUGUAUGUGGCCUGGUCGGGAGACAUGCCGCUGGUCAGAGACCAUGACAGGCGGCAACGUGCCGUGCCACCCCGUAACCAACACUCGCGAGAGAAGCGUUUUGUUUUAAUCUAAAAUCUUCAAAAAUUUAAUAGAACUCAGGUCGGCCGGAACGCACCAGCCAGCGGUGGCGGCCUAUAGCUUACGGCGGGUACCUCCCGCGAUGAUGAGGCUGAGAAAAUCUGAGCAGGGAAAAUUAGCAUCAUCAACAAUGGGAAAAUGUAUAAAAAGAAGUCAGUGGGUGCCGGGUCGAGUUAGUUUUGAGUUGAAUUUUGACCGCGGUGGAAAAGUAUAAGCGCGCGCGUUCGAGAAUCGAGUAGGAUCACGCGUUCUAUAGCGAGUGGAUGGGUGGAAUCCUUGGAAAGGACAAUCAGCCAUAAGAAGAGGCUUAAUGAAAAGGACUGUUUCAGAAGAUUUCAGUGAACGUUGAAAGGACAUUCCUAAGGACAAUGAAGCUGCCAUUAGUGUUGGGAGUUGUGCUUGGGUGCUUUCUUUCGGUGCAAUCAGACCAAUCGGAUUUCAACCAUAUCAACUCGGAUGGAUCGUUUAGUUUUGGGUUGAAAAACUCCGAUGUAGGUGGACACUACCACACGGCCAGCGGAAAUCCGAAAACAAUCGUCCGCGGAAGAUUCGGAAGUCGUCAACCGGAUUCGGGUCGAGUCGAGGAAACCGUCUACACGGCCGGUCCCCGAGGGUUCCGCGCCCGUGGUCCAAAAAUUCAUCGCAAACAAAACCUAUCGCAGGUACCGCGUGGUCCCAUUGGUACACCGGAGGACCCCCAGGCCGAUCCGUAUGACGAUCCCAGCUAUGAUUUCCAGUUCAAAACCCGUAACUACCAACGGCGCGAGGGAUCCGAUGCCAACGGGCGGGUCAACGGGCUGUACACCUACGUGGAUGACGUUGGCGAACAGCAUUCGGUUCGGUACUCAGCUGGUUCGGGGACUGGUUUUGAGGUGGCCAAUCCGGUCCCGGAUGCACCCAAUACGAUAGCAUACGAGAGCCCCUUGUAUAAAACGCACAAGCAGGUGCGAGGAAAGGUCGCAUUCGAAAGUGGACCGAGCGGUUCCGGGCAGUAUAAGUUACUGUCGGUGGGGCCUGAUCAGCGAAGAUCGGAAACAACGGGUCCAGAUGGUAUCACACGAGGUUCAUAUUCGUACUUGGAUGACAAAGGGUUGCAACGAACGGUACAGUAUAUAGCAGGGGCAGGGAUCGGGUAUAAGGUUGUUCAAAGCACUACGGGAGCUGGAAGCCAUUUACUGGCAUCGCCUGCCACAAACUUUGCCAUAAGUCACGUCGAACAAAGCGACGUGGCGGAUAACAAUAACCCAAGUUACACCGCAAGUCCAUCUGGACCUGCUUCGUUCCCUAGUGGCGGUGAUCGACCUGGAAGUGGUGGGUCCAGACCAACCGCCGCAGGCUAUGACGGGGCAAGACCAACCGGGCCCGGGUUCGACGGGUCAAGGCCAUCCGGGAGUGGUUAUGAUGGAGCGAAACCCGAUCAUGAUGGUUACGAUAGCGGACGUCCAACAGGGCCUGCAUUCGAUGACGACUUCGAUAGAAAACGACCAACCACACCACCAAGCAAUAAGGUACCCUCAAGUACAGACCGCCCUGAUCCCAGCGAUACCAAGGUGCGUUUCCCGGAUGACGAUUCCGAUUAUGGAAGCAAGCCGCAAGAUGGAAGCAUAAUAGGGCUCGUUCCUCCCAAGUACGACUAUGAACCCACGGAAGAUCCACCUCUUUCGGGACCUUUUGACAUCAGCAUCUCCAGCGGACCAUCAGGCCCUUCCGGCUCCGGUUAUCCAAACUUUGACGAAUCGGCCCCGGGCGCGUUCAACUCUAACGAUUUCACCAACUACCCCGAGGUAAGCUACGACCGAAAGAAACUCGAGGAGGACCGCAAGAAGGAUUGGCGAGACUUUGCGAAGGAUUCCACAAUCAUCAAGAACGUUGGCGACUGGUAUGUGGGACUGGCACCGGGAGCCUCCGUGAGGGCUCACAUCCAAAACAUUGACCUACUGCCAUAUGGAGGGCGAGCGCCCUCGCCAAGUGAGGCCCUGCGAAGAGACACCCAGUCCAAACCAAAGCGACCGCCGCCGUCGUCGUAUGAGCGAAGGCGGUGAGAGAUAUGCCUAGUGUGAUUUGAUUUUACCGACUAUUGUAUGCGUAUCGAGAUAUGAUCGAGAAUUAAUUUCAAGAGAAUUAGAAUUGUAAAUAAAUUAUAUUGGUAUGUACUGAACAAAGAGGAAACAAUUCAACUGGCAAUCUCACAAUGAAUCCAUCAUAGAAGUUAUCGUUCCAAUACAGUAUGUGG